GGCUGACUUCGCCCUGACUGAUGGGUAUCACACAACUUUUCUAACUAGUUCGGAAAGUGAGCACUUGUUUACAUUGGCAUCAGGGCUGAAUAUACAUAUAUGCCAACCUUCCGAAUACUAUUUGUCUGUUUUGUCGUUAAAUAUUUUUGAUGAAGUUGAGUCAUGAAACUGUGACCAUCGAGUUAAAGAAUGGAACGCAGGUCCAUGGUACGAUAACAGGUGUGGACGUUGCGAUGAACACCCACUUGAAGGCCGUCAAGAUGACAUUGAAGAACAGGGACCCAGUUCAGUUGGAUAGCCUGAGCAUUCGUGGGAACAACAUCCGAUACUAUAUCCUUCCAGACAGCCUGCCCCUGGAGACACUCUUGAUAGAUGACACACCCAAAGCUAAGGCAAAAAAGAAGGAAGCUGCUCUUGGCCGUGGCAGGGGCAGAGGACGUGGCCGAGGAAGAGGACGGGCCAGGGGCCGUGGCAGACGAUAGUAGCAGAGUGUCAAACAUUAUCCGACGCCAUCUCGGGGGUGGCAAGAAGUUCACAAACAUCCCACACCAUACUCUUUUGUAUAUAUGUGUACUGGUGUUCAUCUCUCAUACCUGUACUGUGGUAAUUAAAAGCUGCUCCGAAAAAUUGAA